UCUGAGGAUCGCCCUGAAACAAGAACGAAAGCUGUUGGGUGCACAGGGUCGAUCGAGAACAGACAGCACGCACACAGCGUACAACAACGAACCGGCUCUAUGAAAUAUUAUAUGGGACCAUUCUCACACACACACUCCUAAACUCCCUGUGACAAGAACAUAGAGGAGCUGCAGACCAAGGAGAGCAGAAGAAGGCUGUGUAGAAUACUUUUCAACCAUGCUGAAACAAUCUCUCAACAUCCUAAAGCAUUUGGGAUCUGUGGGGAAGUCCCAGGAUGCUACUGAUCUUCUCCAUGAGGACCUGGUCAUGGUGGAGCAACGGGUGGAGCCAGCCAAGAAGGCAGCACAGCUGCUCUACAAAAAGCUACAGUGUUGCCUUCAGAGCCAGCAGGGGCUUGAUUUGGAGAGACGCAUGAAAAAACUUCCUCUCAUGUUGCUCUCUAUUACCAUGGCUGAAAGCUUUAAAGACUUUGAUGGGGAUUCCUCUUUUAGGAAGGUGCUGGAGAUGUGCUGCUUCAUUGAACAGAAUCUAGCCCAAUUGUUGGCAGACUUUGAGAUUAAACUGGAGAAAGAGGUUAUGGAGCCUCUCAAUAAACUCAGUGAGGAAGAGCUACCAGAGGUUCUGAAGAACAAGAAGCAGUUUGCUAAACUGACCACAGAUUGGCAAAAUGCACGCAACAGGUCCCAAGCCAGUACAGGCCCCCAGGCCAGGCAGGAUGGGCUAAAGGAGGAGGUGGACGAGGCCUGGAGGAAACUAGAGAACAUCAAGGACCAGUACUCUGCAGAUCUCUAUCACUUUAAUACUAAGGAGGAUGACUAUGCCAACUACUUUAUUCGACUGUUGGAGCUACAGACAGAGUACCACAAGUGCUCCCAUGAGUUCUUAGAGCGCACUAUCACAGAGUUGAAGGAAGAUCACAGUCGGAAGGAGCCCCAAAUGAGCAUGUCUAAAGGGAAGGUUUUUGGAGAGCCUCUCCUCUCUCACUUGUCUGUGAGCGGUAGAGAGAUUGCUGUGCCCAUCCAGGAGUGUGUCGAUAUGCUGCUGCACUCAGCUAUGAGAGAAGAGGGUUUGUUCCGGCUGACGGCAGCAGCCUCUGUGGUUAAGAGACUGAAGAGCAAUCUGGAUCGAGGAAUGGUGGACCACACAGAGUUCAACACAGAACCUCAUGCUGUUGCAGGAGCUUUGAAGAGCUACCUCAGAGAACUGCCUGAACCCCUGAUGAUAUCUGAUCUGUACAAUGAUUGGUUUGAAGCUGCAGGAGAGAAGGAGCUGAACCAAAAGCUGGAGCAGUUGAGACUGGUGCUGAAGAAGCUCCCACCAGAGAACUACAACAACCUCAGGUACCUCAUCCAGUUCCUGUCUCUCCUCUCUGAGCAGCAGGCUGUCAACAAGAUGACCCCCAGUAACAUCGCCAUUGUUCUGGGGCCCAAUCUGCUGUGGCCGCGCGCUGAGGGGGAGAUCGAUCUGUUGGAUAUGGCGUCGGCCUCGUCUGUUCAGGUUGUCAUGGUGAUAGAGCCUCUCAUCCAGUACUCCAGUAGCCUCUUUUCAGAAGGGGUGGACUUUGAGGUCCCAGACCUCUCAGAGAAUCCAGAUACGAGCCCAUCAAUUCCUCAGCCUCUGGAAUCCAGGAAAGACAUGGUGGUCAGAACCACCUCUUCAUCCUCUACUGCCUCCUCCUCUUCCUCCUGUCAUAUCCCUUUGAAUAAAUCAUACAGCUUAGCGUCCCAGGACAUGCCAUUUAUCAUCAAGUCUUCUGGUUCUGUGGGUCGUAAAACCAGUACAUGGGAGAGCCCUACCUCUGAAAUUCCUGGUCCAACUCCAUCCUCACCACCCCUGAUAGAGAACACAUCCCCGGUCCUUACCCCUACUCAGGUCUUCAACCCUUCCCCUGUCUGUAGCCCAACAUGGUUUCCAAAAUCAUUCCAGUUGUCCAGUGGAUCAGCAGUUCCAGGUCCAGACCCAGUGCUAGUCAUCAAACCAACCCAGAAGCAGAGUUCAGAACCUGGUCAGCUGGAACCCAUCUCUGAGUUGCCACCAGGCUCCCCUAAAGCUUUGCUGAAAAUCGCCUCACCUUUUAAACCGAGGAGAUCCUUCAUUCAGAGCAAGCCACCAAUCCAUGGGAAGGAGCACGUAGUGGUGGCUUUUUCAGCCAAUUCCAAACCGAGAGCUCCGCUGCCCCCAAAGACCCAGACCCCGACAUCUCCAGCACCCCAGAAAGCCCCACCCCCCUCCCAGGCACAUCCCCCACUCAAGCCCCAGGGCUUGCUCCUGAAGAAGGCCCCACUCAAGCCCAGGGUCAGACCUCCAUCUGUCCCUCCUCCUUUGCCUCCCCUGGUGGAUAGCCAGCAGUAAUGUAAGCCAAUGGAUAUGAUCUCUUAAAAAAGUGUGUAGCUAUCACCAUCCUUAAUAAGGAAUAAGAUAUAAAGCAUUUGAUUCUUGGCCUGUAAACAUGCUUUGUAGUUUCACAGCAACAACAAGGUAUUUCAUGUUAUGAUUUAUUUGGCCUUUUAUCGAUCCAAAAGAUGAGCUAAUCAUACUUUGUAAAUAAAGUAUAUCAGAUACUACUAAAACAUAUUUUUAUUGUAUUUUCAUAUUAUUAUUAGAAUAACAUAUGUAUUAAUUGCAGCAUAAGUAAUUUCCAUAAUGUAUUUUGUUGUA